CUUUUCUGUCUGGCUCAUCUCUAGGGGUCAUUUUCCGGUUAGCCUUCGGGGUGCCCGCGAGAGAGUUGGUUAUAUCCUGGAGCGAGUGCUGGGAGGUGCUAGUCCGCCGCGCCUUAUUCGAGAGGCGUCAGGGCUGGGAGACUAGGAUGUCGGACACGUGGAGCUCUAUCCAGGCCCACAAGAAGCAGCUGGACUCUCUGCGGGAGAGGCUGCAGCGGAGGCGGAAGCAGGACUCGGGGCAUUUGGAUCUACGGAAUCCAGAGGCAGCAUUGUCUCCAACCUUCCGUAGUGACAGCCCAGUGCCUACUGCACCCACCUCUGGUGGCCCUAAGCCCAGCACAGCUUCAGCAGUUCCUGAAUUAGCUACAGAUCCUGAGUUAGAGAAGAAGUUGCUACACCACCUCUCUGAUCUGGCCUUAACAUUGCCCACUGAUGCUGUGUCCAUCUGUCUUGCCAUCUCCACGCCAGAUGCUCCUGCCACUCAAGAUGGGGUAGAAAGCCUCCUGCAGAAGUUUGCAGCUCAGGAGUUGAUUGAGGUAAAGCGAGGUCUCCUACAAGACGAUGCACAUCCUACUCUUGUGACCUAUGCUGACCAUUCCAAGCUCUCUGCCAUGAUGGGUGCUGUGGCAGAAAAGAAGGGCUCCGGGGAGGUAGCAGGGACUGUCACAGGGCAGAAGCGGCGUGCAGAACAGGACUCAACUACAGUAGCUGCCUUUGCCAGUUCAUUAGCCUCUGGUCUGAGCUCUUCAGCAUCAGAACCAGCAAAGGAGCCAGCUAAGAAAUCAAGGAAACAUGCUGCCUCAGAUGUUGAUCUGGAGAUAGAGAGCCUUCUGAACCAACAGUCCACCAAGGAACAACAGAGCAAGAAGGUCAGUCAGGAGAUCCUAGAGCUAUUAAAUACUACAACAGCCAAGGAACAAUCCAUUGUUGAAAAAUUUCGCUCUCGAGGUCGGGCCCAAGUGCAAGAAUUCUGUGACUAUGGAACCAAGGAGGAGUGCAUGAAAGCCAGUGAUGCUGAUCGACCCUGUCGCAAGCUGCACUUCAGACGAAUUAUCAAUAAACACACUGAUGAGUCUUUAGGUGACUGCUCUUUCCUUAAUACAUGUUUCCACAUGGAUACCUGCAAGUAUGUUCACUAUGAAAUUGAUGCUUGCAUGGAUUCUGAGGCCCCUGGCAGCAAAGACCACACGCCAAGCCAGGAGCUUGCUCUUACACAGAGUGUCGGAGGUGAUUCCAGUGCAGACCGACUCUUCCCACCUCAGUGGAUCUGUUGUGAUAUCCGCUACCUGGACGUCAGUAUAUUGGGCAAGUUUGCAGUUGUGAUGGCUGACCCACCCUGGGAUAUUCACAUGGAGCUGCCCUAUGGGACCCUGACAGAUGAUGAGAUGCGCAGGCUCAACAUACCCGUACUACAGGAUGAUGGCUUUCUCUUCCUCUGGGUCACAGGCAGGGCCAUGGAGUUGGGGAGAGAAUGUCUAAACCUCUGGGGGUAUGAACGGGUAGAUGAAAUUAUUUGGGUGAAGACAAAUCAACUGCAACGCAUCAUUCGGACAGGCCGUACAGGUCACUGGUUGAACCAUGGGAAGGAACACUGCUUGGUUGGUGUCAAAGGAAAUCCCCAAGGCUUCAACCAGGGUCUGGAUUGUGAUGUGAUCGUAGCUGAGGUUCGUUCCACCAGUCAUAAACCCGAUGAAAUCUAUGGCAUGAUUGAAAGACUAUCUCCCGGCACUCGCAAGAUUGAGUUAUUUGGACGACCACACAAUGUGCAACCCAACUGGAUCACCCUUGGAAACCAACUGGAUGGGAUCCACCUGCUAGACCCAGAUGUGGUUGCACGGUUCAAGCAAAGGUACCCAGAUGGUAUCAUCUCUAAACCUAAGAAUUUAUAGAAGUACUUCCUUACAGAGCUAAGAAUACAUAGCCAUGGCUCUAUAAACUAAACCUGAAGAGUGAUAUUUGUACAAUAGCUUUCUUCUUUAUUUAAAUAAACAUUUGUAUUGUAGUUG